AUGUUUGCUUUCGUUCAACGCAUUUUGGACUGGUUCAAAAGCCUGUUUUGGAAAGAAGAGAUGGAACUCACACUUGUCGGCUUACAAAACUCCGGCAAAACAACCUUUGUCAACUUAAUCGCAUCAGGUCAAUACUCCGAAGAUAUGAUACCAACGGUUGGUUUCAAUAUGAGAAAAAUUACGAAGGGAAAUGUGACAAUCAAAAUUUGGGAUAUUGGUGGUCAACCACGAUUUCGUAGUAUGUGGGAACGCUAUUGUCGUGGUGUGAAUGCGAUUGUAUUUAUGGUUGACGCAGCCGAUCAUGAGAAGCUCGAUGCCGCAAAACAAGAAUUCAGUAAUCUACUUGAAAAACCUCAACUUCAAGGAAUACCAGUACUCGUACUUGGGAAUAAACGUGAUCUACCCAAUGCACUCGAAGUGCAAGAGCUCAUUCAAAGAUUGGAUCUUUCGCCGAUACAAGAUCGAGAAAUUUGUUGUUAUUCUAUAUCAUGCAAAGAAAAGGAAAAUAUCGACAUCACACUUCAAUGGCUUAUUCAACAUUCGAAGUCCAAUAGUCGUUCGUAA